CCCAGUGUCUGAAGGUGAAUGACUCCACCUCAGUGGACAACAAAAAAACAAAAAACAAACCCUCAAUAUUUCUGUUUCAUCAAGCUACAACUAGCAAUGCCAUUUCUCAAAAGACCUCCAACUAGUCCCCCAUUGUCAACACUGCUGGACAUUAAAUCACAGAAAUGUGGAUUGCGGCACACAGUUUUCUCAGCCAGUGGAAACGAAUACACCGGGGAGUGGCAGAACAAUAAGAAGCAUGGCAAGGGACAUCAGGUUUGGAAGAAGUCUGGUGCCAUUUAUAAUGGAGAGUGGAAAUUCGGAAAACGUGACGGGUAUGGUACCUACAGCAUUUUACUCCCAGAAUCAAAGAAGUAUGUGAAGAAGUACUGUGGUGAAUGGACAAAUGGAAAGAAGCAUGGGUAUGGUACAUACUUUUACAAAAACUCAUCAGUGUACGAGGGGGAGUGGAGCGAGGACCAACGGAGUGGCUGGGGAAAGAUGUACUAUGCAAAUGGAGACAUCUAUGAGGGCAAGUGGCUGAAGGAUAAGAAUCAUGGAGAAGGAAUCUUUAUAUUUUCAAAUGGAAACAGGUAUGAAGGUAGCUGGCGAGAGGGGAAGAAGGAUGGUUGUGGAAAGUUCUACUACUGUGUCAAAGGCCAGCUUUAUGAAGGCCUUUGGGUGGAUGGAGUGCCAAAAUGUGGGACCCUGUCUGAUUUUGGGAGAGAUGGAGCACCAAUGCCUGCAAAAUAUCCAAUUCCAAAGGUACACCUGAUCGAUACACAGCUGGUUUUAAGGGACGCCGAAUCAGCUUACCUUGGCCUGUUCUGAUAAACAACACGAGGAUCAAGAGCAAGUUUCCACUUCACCGCAUGCUUGCUGAUAAAGAAUAAAAAAAAAAAGAGUAACGGGUUCUCAGCAUGUAUCCAUUUUGUCACACAGAUUAUUUGUCCUUGUCAGAGGGGCAAAAUCCUUUAAUCAUCCAUUAAUGUGACAAAUUUAUCUGUUGCCAAUGCCAAUUAAAAGUGUUUAGAUAAUAGACCAUAAAGGAAAAAUGCCUCAUCAGAUUUUAUAUAUAUACCUCUUAAGAUUGAAAACAUUAUAUUGGAUGACUUCAUAAAAAUAUGAGCACACAAUUGAAAGAGAUUGUCAUAUGAUAAAUUCAGUAUUACACAUCCAUCUGUUUGUCAUAUGGUGUCUGAUCACACAUUAGCCUUGAGUGUGUAAAUCCUUGUGAACUUGUAACUGACACACAAGCCGCUUUGUUCUGUUUAUAGUUUGUAUAGUUGUCCUAAGAAUAAAACACUAGUCCUAACAA